AUGCCGUCGGUCAGGUAUACCUCGCUUGCCGUGCUUCUCGGCCUCCUUUCCACAGUCACAGCAGUAGCAGUGAACGUGCGACAAGCGUACUCAGAGUCGGCAACCUAUGACUACAUUGUUGUGGGCGGAGGACUCAGUGGGUUGGUAGUUGCCAACCGAUUGACUGAGAAUGCAAAUAUAUCCGUGCUGGUCAUCGAAAAUGGGGUCAUCGACGACAGACCCACGACGAGUGUGCCGUAUUUUGCCAACAUUAAUGUCGAGAAUUACUAUCCCAUCACAUCUGCACCAGAACCAUUCAUGCAGAACAAGACUUGGAUGGUACAUGUAGGCAAUGUUGUUGGAGGCGGUUCAGUCGUCAAUGGCAUGCAGUGGGAUAGGGGCUCUGAUGCGGAUUACGAUGCAUGGGAACAGUUGGGAAACCCGGGUUGGGGAUAUGAGGACCUAGCAAAGUACUUCAAAAAGUCCACUCACUUUGACGGCCCUUCAGAAGCGGUUCGCCGUCAUUUCAACAUGACGUUCGAUGCUAAUGCAUAUGGCGACGGGCCAGUAAAGGUAUCGAUACCCAGCUACCAGUAUGAAGACUACGUCGACAUCAUGGGAUCUUUUGUAUCUAGGACCGACAUACCCCACUCGCCGGAAGGCUUCAGUAGACCCAUUGGCACAUUCUGGACGCCAAACUCCAUUGACAACUCGACUAAGCAGCGCAGCCAUGCUCGCAGAGCUUACUACGACCCAGUUCAAACACGCACUAACUUGCAUCUUUUGACCAACACUCACGUGGAUGAAAUUCUGUUCAAGAAUAGUAGUACGCUUGUAGCCAGUGGUGUUAAGUGUACGUCCAACGUCGAUUCCUCCACCGGAUCUGUACACGCAACGAAAGAGGUCAUCCUGGCAGCUGGAGGUGUCUUUACACCACACCUGCUCAUGCUGUCCGGAAUUGGUCCCAAGGACGAACUAUCUGCCGCUAAGAUCACCGUGAAGAAAGACCUCCCGGCUGUCGGUUCGAACUUCCAGGAUCAUCAAGCCUUGUACAUGCGUUUUAACCUCUCAAAUCAGUCCGUUCCGAACCCAGACAUGCUCGUUACGACACCCGACCUAGCUUUUAACGCCACAGCUGCCGAGCUGUAUGCUGCUAAUCGCACUGGACCGUGGACCUUUGGGAGAGGCAAUGCAGCGCUCUUCCUUGCAUUCAAAGACUUUUCCGCCAAGUAUGCUGAUAUAACUGCCAUUGUCUCUGGACAGAAUGCAACUGCAUACUUACCGCAACGCUACUCGAAGAUUGACACUCUGCUGAAGGGCUUCAUGGCACAGCGUAAGAUCCUGGUCGACCACUAUCUCUCCGAAUAUGCAGCGACCGGCGAAUACCCGAUCCAACCUUGGGGUCGAGCGACUACUGCCGUGCAGAAGCCUCUCUCUCGAGGCACUCUCUCCCUCAACACUACGAAUCCAUCGGCGAACCCGAUCGUCGUUCGAAACGCAUUCCAAAACCCAGUCGAUAAGCUAGUUCUUGGCGAACUGGUGCGGUGGAACAGGCAGCACUGGACCAACGCGCCCCAGCUCCAGCGCUACGCCCCCGUCGAGACCGUGCCAGGUGCCCAAUAUCAGACUGAUGACGAGAUCUUUGACGCCAGUAUCAAAGCAGCUGCCUUAGAUCCAACCUAUGCGCAUUCGAGCGGUGCAUGUGCGCUUAUGCCCGAAGAGUUGGGUGGUUGUGUGGAUCCACAAUUGAGGGUCUACGGAGUAGAAAGGCUGAGGGUCGUAGACGCGAGCAUCCUGCCCUUGAUACCGGCAGCGCACUUGCAGGCAACGAUGUAUGCUGUUGCUGAGAAGGCCGCAGAUAUAAUCAAAGAGAAUGAAAAGGCGUAG